AUGCCGUAUCUAUCGUUUUUGACCAAAAUAAACAAAAUCAGUGCCAAAAAAAAUAAGCGGGGCAAAGACGAGACUGCUAUACACGACGACUAUCAUUUAUUGCACAUGAUUUUAGAAAUUUACCAUCACCUCCUCAAGAAAUCAUAUCAGAACGCACAGGAGUUUAAUAUGGCCAAAAGUCACUUCAUUCGUAGGUCUCUUGGUCUUAGGCGGAUUUUAUCUUCCGACCGACUGAGAGAAACAACGACUCAUGUGACGCCUCUUAUUUUUACUAGUUGGUACAACAACUGGAUAGCAUCCCCACCACGAACACCCCCCUCUGCUCCCGGGCGUAAAAACAAGACCAGCACGACCUCGAACAAUUAAGAACCCCACGACUUUAGAAGCCUUUCUACAUAUUGAAUGCGGAUUGCACUUACUCAAAGAACAGAAAAUGUGAGCUGCGUUGAAACCACAGGAGAACGAGAUAGAUAAAGAACUUGCUGUAAAAAUUUUCUCGAGAGCGACACAGAACAUAGAAAUCAGAAAUCCGUGCGAACAGCACGCGCAUUUAUUAAGUAUUUUGGUUUGUAAACAACUCGAAUGUUGCGCAAAUCAACUUUCGCUGGUCCUCCGAC